AUAUGAAGAAGCAAAAGCAAAAGGCGAUCAUAAUUUUGAUCGAGAACUUGAAGAUAUGAUUGAAAGACUCAUUGUUGAAUGCGAAAGGAAAAUUCAAAGAGCUCUCAAGCGUCUUGAGGAGGAGGAUGCUAAGGCUGCUAUAGCAAUAUCUGUAUCCAAUGUUACUCAGACACCUGAAGUCAUGGAAUUGUCAAGACAUAUAAAGGAGAAAUUGAAAGAAGCUGAUGCUUUUGAUUUUGAAGGAAAAGCUGAUAGUAAAAUACGGGUUCUAGAAGUGGUGGAGGAGCUCAAAGCCCAGAGAGCUGACAAACAGGCAAUUCUUCUACUUGAUGCUUUUAACAAAGAUAGGGCUUCUUUGCCGCAGCCAAAUCAAAAUCCUCCUCAAUUAGCAACUCUGUCUGUUCUCAAUCCUCCAGAUCCUCGUACACAAGAAAUGAUCAAUGAAAAACUUAAGAAGGCAGAAGAUCUUG